AUGGCGGCGUCCUUGACCAGUACUGUUUGCCGGAGCUUCCUGGCUCCGCUGAGCAGGUCACGACCUCCCCUAAACAGAGCUCUUCACGUCACUUCAUUGUGCUGCAAAAACCGAGCCGCUCGCAUCCGAGUGGGCAAAGGCGACCGUCCUGUUACCUACGAGCAGGCCCUGAAACCUCACCACAUCGGCCAUCAAAAAGGAUGGCUCUCGCAGCAUACUAGUAACCUAAAAGGCGAAGAGGGCGCGGCGGAGCGCGCUGUGGAGGACACGUUCAUCCGGCGCCUGAUAUUCGGGACUUUCCACGGCUGCCUGGCCAACGAAGUGGUGAUCAAGCGGCGCGGCAACGUGUUGACGGUGUGUGUCCUGCUGCUGCAAAAGCUGCCUCCGAACAGGUUCUACUUCCUCAUCGGGUACACAGAGUCGCUCCUGGCGCACUUUUACAAAUGCCCCGUCAAGCUGGAGGUGCAGACGCUGCGGGAGAAGCAAGUUUACAAGUAUCUGUGA